AUGGCGGGAAACUUGAGUCUUGUGAUCCGAGGUGACAAAAGCGACUCUGUUGUGCUUUGCACAAAUGAUAAGACAUUUGAUUUGAAAUCUGCUGAGACGUCCAACACAUUACUCUUAGCACCUGAAUGUAAAACAUCCAAAGAUUUUGAAGAAGGAUGUUGUUCAAGAUUACAACCAAUAGAAAUUGUUGGUCUUGCUCAUCAUUACUUUGAGCUGCGUCCUUGUCGGCCGAAGCUUAGAAGACUAAAAAAAUUACUGGAAGAAAACCGAUAUGAUGGACCACUAUAUGAGGAUGAUGAGAAACACCAAGGGAAGAAAUAUACUUUCUCUGAAUUAUUAGAUGUUAUACAAGCUAGUGAAAUUGAAAUUAAAACAGAAUUGCAGAAAUUACAAGCGUGUAAUAUAAAUGGUUAUUGGAGAUUGUUGAGUUUUGAUUAUGACUCGUCAGUUUUAUCUCAAAUUAUUCAACUUAUUGAUGAAAAUUCCUGGACAUCAGAUUAUAUACCAGCCAAGGAGACGCUUGACACCUUAGAAAACCUCUAUCCAAGAAAUAUUCUCCAGCAUUGUUUAGAUUGCUAUGGUGACAAGAAGUCCGUGGAAACUGACCAAGGGGAAGAAAUUGUGUACGCAUUACAGGAAGAUAAAAUAUGUCUCACUUUUGCAGAGAUGUUGCUGAGACCUGCUGGCAAGUUUAAUUUAGCUGAGUUUUUAGAAUCUUGGAAACAAAGUGUGCCAGAAGGCAUGAGGACAUCACUUUACCAACUCAAUGUAAGUUUUACUAUUGAUGAUGUUUAUAUUCAGGUUGAUGUUGUUUACAUUCAGAUUGAUGUUUACAUUCAGAUUGAUGUUGUUUACAGAUGGAUUGAUGCUGUUCUCAUUUAG